CAAGUAAGGAGCCUCCCAUAUAAACAGCCAGGUUAGGAGAGCUAACUGUUCCAGUGUCUUAAUGUUAGGUGUCUGGUGGUGUUCUUGCUAUAGAAUGAUGGAUAAGAUUGUGGAUUCUAUCCUUAACUGCAGUCUGGAAUCUGAGGAGGACUAUUACAGUCUCCUAGGCUGUGAUGAGCUGUCAACAGUUGAGCAAAUUCUUGCAGAAUAUAAGGUUCGAGCCCUUGAAUGCCACCCUGACAAGCAACUUGGAAACAAAAAAGCAGUGCAAGAUUUCCAGAAGCUACAACAGGCCAAGGAAACUCUUACUAAUGAGGCUAGUCGAGCUCAGUAUGAUUACUGGAGGCGAAGCAAAAUCAUGAUUCCAUAUUCGCAAUGGGAAGCCCUGCAUGAUUCUCUAAAAAUGUCCAUGCAUUGGGCAGUUAGAGAACAGAAAGAACCAAUGCUGGAGGCUCCUCUAACUAAUCCAAAAAAUGACACAUCUGACUCCAUUUUAUUUAAUUUUGGAGAAAAAGGAAGUGACAUUAUCAAUGAAAGAGACAUGUCAAACGAAACACCAAAAGACAUUGAUUUGCUAUCGCCCAAAAGCCCUGAAGGAAGUAAAGACAUGGCUAAUGGCCUCUUGCGUUUCCGUUGGUCUGCUGAAGCCCCUUCCGAUCUUCUUCGUAAAUUCCGAAAUUAUGAAAUCUAAGUACUAUACAUUUCGACUGUGUUCUCUUCUCUAUUCUUCCUUUUUUUAUUUAAAUCAAUGAUCUUGUGAAUAGCACAUGGUUUGUGUAAAAUAAUACUAUCCUAUGUAUUUUAUUGUUUGUGUAUAUGUGUGUGCAACUAUAGGAUAAUAUAAGCUAAUUUGCUGGGCAUAUAAAUAUAACUUCACUCUGAUACAGUGAAAAGAUAUGUUCAUUUCAUUUACUUCUGUGUGUAAUCAUGAUAUACCUCUAAAAUGUGUAUUGAUCAAUUAAUAUGUAGUAGAGCAUAUUGUGCUUUAAGAGAAAAUGUAUUCUUUAUAGAUUUACAUGUUCAAUUUAAAUGUAGUGCAAUGAUCUGUGUAAGAAUUAAAUUUCAUAUCUUGCAAAUGAUGUUUAUUAGCUCUAACUGGAGAAGACGAUGAAGAUGAAAUGCGGUUUACCAAGACCCAUAAUGGUAGAAAUUUCAAAAAACAGAUGCCUAUGCGACGUUGUCUAGUGAAAGUGCCAAAGAGCUGCUUAACAUUUGGAAAUUGCAAAAAAAAAAAAAUUUCACUCUAUUUAAUAUUUAAUAAUACAAUUGUUUGCUUUAUAAAUAGCUGUUUUGAAU